UCCUCGUAGCACACGUAGGCCCGAUCUCUGUUUACACAAAAGCAUUCAAUUCUUGCAUUUCCCAACGCAGUGUUUCGGUCGAUGCCCGUGUUCAAGGGUUUGGGCAAUAAAUUCUUAUCACAUAUUUGGGAAGUGGACUCCAUGCUUCAGGUAGUGGAAUAUAUCCAAAAGCAGCAAAUUUUGGAGCUAAAUCUGUCUAGGAAGGUGGAAAUGGCUAUGAGGAUUGCUACUUUUCUAGUAAUAUUGUUGUCUGUGUUCGAGCAUUCGGCUGCCGGCAAACUCUUCAAUGUUCGGCAACAUCUCUCGACUGUCUCAAGAUAUGGUGCUGUGAAAGAUAUUGCUGACAGUGCCUUUGUGCCUUCUAAAGUUCCAGAUGGGUGCAGUCCCAUCCACUUAAAUCUUGUGGCAAGGCAUGGGACUCGUUCUCCUACCAAGAAACGGAUGAGAGAACUAGACAAUUUGGCCACUCAUCUAGAAUCACUUCUAAGAGAUGUGAAAGAACAGAAUUUGUCUUUGAAGAAAGUUCCUGCCUGGUUAUGGGGUUGGAAAUCUCCUUGGAAGGGGAAGGUAACAGGUGGAGAACUUACUGAUGUUGGAGAAAUUGAACUGUAUCAUCUAGCAAUCAGAAUUCGAGAAAGAUUUCCAGAUUUGUUUAAUGAGGAAUACCACCCAGAUGUAUUUACAAUAAAAGCAACCCAGGUCCCUCGGGCAUCAGCUAGUGCUGUGGCAUUUGGGAUGGGAUUGUUCAGUGGAAGGGGAAGUCUUGGACCAGGGCAUCAGCGAGCUUUUGCCGUUACCAGUGAGAGCCGUGCCAGUGAUAUACUGCUGAGGUUUUUUGAAUGUUGUCAAAACUACAAGGAUUUUAGGAAAAGUCAGGAGCCUGCUGUUGAUGAGCUCAAAGAACCCAUCUUUGAUGAGAUUACUGCUACAUUAAGGAAGCGUUAUGGGCUGAAUUUUACCAGACAGGAUACGUCUUCUCUCUGGUUUUUGUGCAAACAGGAAGCAUCCUUACUGGACAUAACUGAUCAAGCUUGUGGUCUUUUCAGCCCUUCUGAGGUUGCUUUGUUGGAGUGGACAGAUGAUUUGGAGCUGUUUAUAUUGAAGGGUUAUGGUAAAUCUCUAAACUACCAAAUGGGAGUGCCAUUGCUUAAAGAUGUUUUUCAGUCCAUGGAGCAAGCUAUUAAAGCAAAGGAAGAAAACUAUGCUCCUGGCAGUUACGAAAAGGCAAGACUUCGGUUUGCCCAUGCUGAGACUGUGGUUCCAUUCUCAUGUCUUCUUGGGCUCUUUCUGGAGCAGUCUGAAUUUAAACAAAUGCAAAGAGAAGAACCCCUGCAAUACCCUCCAAAGCCUCCCCAGAAAAGAAAUUGGAGGGGCAGCACAGUGGCACCUUUUGCUGGGAAUAACAUGUUGGUUUUAUACAGUUGUCCUGCCAACUCUUCAAGCAAGUACUUUGUGCAAGUACUGCACAAUGAACACCCCAUUCCAAUGCCUGGUUGUGAUAAUUCUGAUCUGUGUCCGUUCGAGGUUUUCAAGGAAAGAAUAGUCACUCCUCACAUGAAGCACGAGUACUACGCGGUCUGCAAUGUCAAGUUGGAAAAACCUGAGCAGAAGCCUGCAACGAGUAAGUUAUCACAACUGUUCCAUUGGCUCUUCUCACAGAGGAAUGAUGAUACCCGGUCUCUCGAAGUUGACUUAUAAUUUGAUUUUCAAACAAAAGAAGGAACGAUUCUUACAUUCGUUUUUCUUGUUGGUAACGCAUCCCUCACUUGAUUCUCAGCCACAACCAGCUCGUCCUUUUAGCCGACUCUCAUAUUGGAUUGAGCCGACUCCCAUGUUGGAUUGAGCCUAUCCCUCGUGUUGACAAAUUUUUUUCCGCCAGAACAUGAAUUUGCUGCUUCAAUCCCAUAUGUUCUGAUGUAGAAGCAUAACGCAUAUGGGGCAUCCGAAAUUGUGUUCGGCCAUUAUUCUAACAUACUGUUAUAGUAUAUUUUGAGUAACUGUAGAAAUAAAAAGAUGGUAUGCAGUGUGUACAUUGGUAUUGGUUAUGCCCCCAAGGCGACCAGAGAACCCCCUACUUGUUCUGAAUAGAGAAAUAAAACCCGUCAACUCCUUUCUAAUCA